AUGUACACGUCAGGAGUUGUCGGAAUGCAAGAAACCUUCAAAAUUGGGUCUAAGACAGUUAUACUUCUUGGUUUAACAACCAAUCUUUUUGGCCUUGCUUUGGGGUCUGUGAUCCUUUCGUCUUUGUCAGAGAUAUAUGGCCGCCGGCCGGUUUAUCUCAUCUCGGUUUUUUCCUUCGGGCUUCUUAUAUUGCCAGUCGCUCUUGCGCCCAAUAUCGAAGCUAUUCUUGUCAGUCGAUUUUUCGGUGGCUUUUUCGGUGGAACAAUGAUUGCAGGUGCACCAGGGAGUGUAACAGAUGUUACAGAUGAUAAUUACCGUGCAUUGGCAUUAAGUUGCUGGAGCCUUGGAACUAUGAACGGGCCUGUUCUUGGUAUGAUCCCCGCGUUGGGUGCUGGACACACAGGCCCCAUAAUUGGUGGUUUUGUGUAUGAGUAUCUCGGUUGGCGUUGGAUCAAUUGGUUUGUCUUGAUCUGUACUGGAGUUUCCCUGCUCUUGAUAUAUUUGGUCAAGGAGACCUAUGCACCGGCUCUCCUACGGAAAAAGACAAAACGUAAACAGAACGAAACCGGUGAUCAACGCUGGUGGUGCCGCUUCGACCAUGACGUGACAGGGAUCCAGGUCUUGAAGACAAACAUGAUCCGACCAUUCCGGAUGAUCAUACUCUGGGCGUCUUUUUUGAACAUAAACACUAAUUUCUUUUUCGAAAAAAGUUUAUUCUGGAACCUGUAUGUUGGGGUAGUCUAUGCGGUUCUCUUCUUAUGUUUUGUGGCCUAUCCUAUUGUUUUCCAAGAGCUUCGUGGUUGGUCUCCGGGCCUUGCUGGGCUUAGCUAUUGUGGUAUUGGGACAGGUACUGCAAUAGCUGUUGUGCUAGAGCCCAUGAUUCGAAAAAUUAUUUCCAAGCACCCACCCGAUCGACUUACUGGGCGGCCAGCUCCGGAGGCUGCAGUUUUUGCCAUCUGUAUUGGAAGUGUGCUGAUUCCAGUCGGCGAAUUUUGGUUUGCUUGGACCGCACGGCCACCCGUUCACUGGAUUUGCCCUAUAAUUGCCGGUCUUCCCUUCGGACUCGGAAAUGGUUUGACGUUCAUCUAUGCAACCAACUACAUUGCGGGAAGUUACACCGUAUAUGCAGCGUCAGGCCUAGCGGGCAACUCCAUUGUUCGUUACGGCCUAGCUGGAGUUCUCCCCCUUGCUGGCUCUAAGAUGUACCACACCUUGGGGGCACACUGGGCAGGGACAUUGCUCGCUCUCGUCGAAACGGUCCUCAUUCCUAUUCCUUUCAUCUUCUACAGAUAUGGCCGUAGAAUCCGCGAGAGAAGCCCCAUGGUUGCUAAAGGAACUGGCACAGAGAUUGUUCGUUCCUAA